AGUGAGAGACAUGGCUGCAGGAGGUGGCCGGGCCUUUGCUUGGCAGGUGUUCCCCCCCAUGCCCACCUGCCGGGUGUACGGCACAGUGGCACACCAGGAUGGACACCUGCUGGUGCUGGGGGGCUGUGGGCGGACUGGACUACCCCUGGACACCGCUGAGACACUGGACAUGGCCUCGCACACAUGGCUGGCACUGGCGCCCCUGCCCACUGCCCGGGCGGGUGCAGCUGCUGUGGUUCUGGGCAAGCAGGUACUGGUGGUGGGCGGCGUGGAUGAGGCCCAGAGCCCAGUAGCUGCUGUGGAGGCCUUCCUGGUUGAUGAGGGCCGCUGGGAGCGCCGGGCCACCCUCCCUCAAGCAGCCAUGGGGGUUGCAACUGUGGAGAGAGAUGGUAUGGUAUAUGCUCUAGGGGGAAUGGGUCCUGACACGGCCCCCCAGGCCCAGGUACGGGUGUAUGAGCCUCGCCGGGACUGCUGGCUUUCGCUACCUUCCAUGCCCACACCCUGCUACGGGGCCUCCACCUUCCUGCAUGGGAACAAGAUCUAUGUUCUGGGGGGCCGCCAGGGCAAGCUUCCGGUGACUGCUUUUGAAGCCUUUGAUCUGGAGGCCCGUACCUGGACCCGGCACCCAAGCCUGCCCAGCCGCCGGGCCUUUGCUGGUUGUGCCAUGGCCGAAGGUAACGUCUUUAGCCUGGGUGGCCUGCAGCAACCUGGACCCCACAAUUUCUACUCCCGCCCACAUUUUGUCAACACUGUGGAGAUGUUUGACCUGGAGCAUGGGUCCUGGACUAAGUUGCCCCGCAGCCUUCGCAUGAGGGAUAAGAGGGCCGACUUUGUUGUUGGCAGCCUUGGGGGCCACAUUGUGGCCAUCGGGGGCCUGGGAAACCAGCCGUGCCCUCUGGGCUCUGUGGAGAGCUUCAGUCUUACACGGCGGCGCUGGGAGGCACUGCCUGCCAUGCCCACGGCCCGCUGCUCUUGCUCUAGCCUACAGGCUGGACCCCGGCUGUUUGUCAUUGGGGGUGUAGCCCAGGGCCCCAGUCAAGCUGUGGAGGCACUGUGUCUGCGGGAUGGAGUCUGAAGCCUGGUGAGACCUGUCCAGUGGGGUAGCUCAGUGCCAGAGGCAGACGUCUGUGGCUCCUUUUGCUGCCGAGGGAGCUCACUGUGGCUCUGUGGGAUAGGGAGGCACAGGGGUAGGCACUUGAGACAUGGCCUUGGGGGACUUGGGUUCAGGGAGCCUUUGUCUUUCUUGCACGGCACACGUGUGCUCACACCCACCUUUAGCACUAUUCAUUCACGGACCAUGCCUAGCUCUGUCCUUGCCCUAGAACCUAGUAGGUCUUCUGUCCAACUGGGAUGUUGGGAGAGGGUGAGCUAGCCUUGUGCUCUGCAAGGUCAGUGCCUAUCUGGAGUUGAUCUGGCCUAUCCUGGCUGCCAGCCUACCACGAGGGUUCCAGUAGACCCAGGAGUGUUCAGAGAGGGUGGAGGACACAGAGGGGAUAUAGGAGAAAAUGUGGGGACCGGCAGAGGGCCAGAGGAAGGCUGGCUUCGGGCCCUCUACAUUACUGGUAAUAUGACCUUGGGCAAGUCAUUUCACCUCUCUGUGCCUCAGCAUCCUCAUCUGUCAAUGGGGAUCUGUGAAACCUUCCUGCCCUACCUACCUCACAGGGCUGUUGUGAGGACCAAGGGAGUUUGGAUACGGAAGUAAAAGCACUGCUAAAA